GUGCGCUUGGCUCGCGGGUACUGCCAAGCCCAUGACAAGCUGAACACGCUCUUACCCAACGGCUCAGUGAAGUCUAUCCCUCUACUGCGCGCUUCCGAAGUAGCGAGAGGAAGGAACAAUCAUGGCGACUGCUGUGGACCCUCGAACGCCGACCAUGACCACGGCACUUGAGAUCGUCAAGGGAGCUCUGUGUGCGGUCAUCGGCUUCCCCGUAGGAAAGUCCACCAUCGGCAGCCGAAUCAGCGAGGGCAACAAGGCUCGCAUCACUGUGAAAACGGGCAAGGCUGAGGCCCCCACGGCGGCGCAGAUGCAGAAGGUGGUCGACGUCGUCAACGAGACCAUCGCAAAGGACCAGGCAUGCUUCCGGCUCACCAUGUCCAGAAAAGACGCCGAAGUCGCCUACGGUUCCGCCAUGUACGACGUAGUGGAGCCCCCCGCGCAAGUGGAGGAGCUGAGCCUCCUGUACAUCGAAGGUCUCGUGCUUCACAGCCAGCUGCACCCGUGCUUGCCGUCGACGGCGCCUGUGGGCAAGGUUUCUGUCACGAAGCAAAAGUUCCGCGUCAACAAGCAGGAGCUGGAGGUGAUGUUCGACGUGGAGCCCUCGACGGACACCCCUCCGGAUGAUACUGCGACACCCCCACAGUGUGUACCCCCUUCGGCGGAGACGGUUGCGCUACUCAACGCUUCCGAGGCUCGAGUGUCGGCGGACGACGGGGUGGAGGGCGGAGUUGAAGAGAUUGGGAAGGCGGCGGCGGAGGGGGGGCAGAAGGUCACUCCUUGGGAGGUGGAGGCGGAUGGGGAGGUGGACUACGAGAAGCUGGUGAAGUCUUUCGGGUCGUCUUUGAUUACGGAGGACAUCGUUGCGAGGGUGGAGAGGGUGACGGGAAGGAAAGCACACCGGUUCUUGCGAAGAGGACUGUUUUUCUCCCACAGGGAUUUGACCCAGAUUUUGGACCUUUACGAGGCCGGCAAGAAGUUCUUCCUUUACACCGGGAGAGGUCCCUCCUCCGACGCCCUUCACCUCGGACACCUAGUCCCCUUUCACUUCACCAAGUACUUGCAGGAAGCGUUUAAGGUGCCGUUGGUGGUGCAACUCACAGACGACGAGAAGUUUCUCUUCAAGCCCGAGCUCAAGUUGGAAGAGUGCCACAGGCUAGCGUUCGAGAACGCAAAGGACAUCAUCGCCUGCGGCUUCGACCCAGAGUCGACAUUCAUCUUUAGCGACCUCGACUACAUACAGCACAUGUACCCGGUUGUACUCAAGAUUCAAAAGCUCGUAACUUAUAACCAGGUCCGUGGCAUCUUCGGGUUCACCGAGAGCCACAACAUCGGCUGCCAAGCCUUCCCCGCGGUCCAGGCGGCCCCGUCGUUCUCCUCCUCCUUCCCCAUCCCCCUCGGGGGAACGCCUGAUCGUCCGUGCCUCAUCCCUUGCGCCAUCGAUCAGGACGCAUACUUCCGCAUGACUCGGGACGUGGCGCCGCGAAUGAAGCUGCGAAAACCAGCUUUGAUUCACUCAAGGUUCUUCCCCGGCCUUCAGGGGCCGGGAGGGAAAAUGAGCUCGAGCACCGAGUCUAGCGCAAUUUUCGUCACGGAUACACCCAAGAAGGUGAAGAAGAAGAUCAAUGGCUGCUUCUCGGGGGGGCAGGAGACCAAGGAGCUGCAGGAACUCCAUGGGGCCAACAUCCAUGUGGAUGUGCCUUACCAGUACCUGACGUUCUUUAUGGAGGAUGACGACGAACUUAAGCGCAUAGGCGAAGAGUACGCUGCAGGAAGAAUGCUGACGGGCGAGGUCAAGAAGAUCCUCAUCGAGAUCUUGACCAAGAUGACCCAGGACCACCAGGAUGCGAGAGCGGCCGUGACGGACGAAAUGGUCAGAAGUUUCAUGGCCGUGCGGCCGAUCGACGGCAGCGGGGCAAGCGCGGGGAACGUUGUGCCGCCAUCCCCUCCAUGACAAUGACACCCUGGUGCUUCAUAACGGGGUUUCGACGACCCUUCCGUGAACAACAACGGUCGCGGGUGGUUUGACCACGUAACGGGCCAGCACUUUGAAAUUGGUUUCGCGUUAGCCGUUCAGUAUUUCCGCGGCCUAUCCCCGGCAACGCGGUAAAGAAUUCCGCGGUAUUCUCAUUCCGGUGUUGUUACAAGUCUUUCGUUAACACGUCGUUAAGUGGGUAGGAACGCCGCUAUGACUUCUCGAGUUUGGUUGCACGUUGUUUUCGGGCGGGACUGCGCGAGGGGUGUGGGAGACUCUACAUAGGUUCCGAAGGGUAUUGUUCGUUUUCAUUCAUGCGCAGGGCAUGUGUGCGUGGAGGCCUCUUAACGUAGGGAGGGGGGACUCCGUUUGGAUCCGUCUCGUGAAGAAACGAUAGACCGAGCUUUUGUUGCAGUGUCGGAAACGCAUGUAUCGAUUCAACGGGCAUGACC